AUGGCUGCCGAAGUGAUGACCAUCGCCACGCCAAUCAACUUCAUCCUCGGCUCCCUAUUCAUAGUGCUACUAUACUGGCACUUUCGCCCCAAGGCACCAAUCGACCUCCCCCGCGGCCCCCCACCAACCGUCUUCAAAACCUACACCCCCAAGACCCUAAUCGAAUUCAAUGGCGAAGACAACCGUCCCGUCUAUCUAGCCGUGCGGGGCCGCAUCUUCGACGUUUCCCCCGGCAGGAACUUCUACGGACCCGGCGGACCGUACGAGAACUUCGCUGGCCGGGAUGCCUCGCGUGGUCUGGCGCACCAGAGUUUCGAUGAGGAUAUGCUCACUAAGGACCUUGGUGCGCCGUUGGAUGAUCUGAAGGAUUUGGAUGCGGAGCAGUUGGAGAACUUGCAGUCGUGGGAAGAUAGGUUCUCUGAGAAGUAUCUUGUUGUGGGCAAGUUGGUGGCGGUGGGGGAUGAGGCCUCUGCAUGA